CGCGGCAGGUUGGUCCUGGAGCAGAUGAGCGCAGAAUAUUUAGGCGAAAGCGCGAGGAGGGGGGAGCGCGGGGCCGGAGGAGUACCUCGGCCGAGAAAAUUAUGCAUGCGUUAGGGAAGCUCUAGGAGAAUGGCUGUGGAAGCAGGUUGUUGAUUGUAUCCGAGUGUGGAAAUGAAUGGCUCCUCUGAAGGAGAGCAUGGAGAGCAGGAAGGGAACCCCUGCCUCACUUCUGCGAAGCCAGCCCUCAUCUCUCAAGUGUCACAUACUCUCUUGGAAGCCUGCUCUCCACUGUGGCUUGAAUCCACGGGGUAUUGAUCAUCCUGCCCGUGCCGAAGGUAUUAAACUACAGAUUGAAGGUGAAGGUGUUGAAUCUCAAUCCAUUAAAAACAAAAAUUUUCAGAAGGUGCUUGACCAAAAAGGAACCCCCAAGCGACUGCCAGCAGAAGCUGAGACUGCUAAGUUCAGGUUCCAACCAGUCAGACCCUCCUCAUCCCUCGCUCAGCCUGUGCGUUUAAUCAGGAUAGACAAGUCGGCUACAGUGAAGCUGUCAAAACCAGUGGCUCUGUGGACUCAGCAGGAUGUCUGCAAGUGGUUGAAGAAACAUUGUCCGAAUCAGUAUCAGAUCUACAGUGAGUCAUUCAAACAGCAUGACAUAACUGGGCGAGCCCUGCUGAGACUCACUGACAAAAAGCUUGAGCGAAUGGGGAUUGCCCAGGAAAACCUCCGGCAGCACAUCUUACAACAGGUGCUCCAGCUGAAGGUGCGAGAAGAAGUCAGAAACCUACAGUUACUCACACAAGAAGAAGGAAGCCUACAAGCAUUUAUUGUGCUUCCCGCCACCCCCCGCCCCCGCCCGUCACCACCACUAAAAUGGCCCAGUCCUAUGUGCCAGUGGAGAGAAAGUGCAAGAAUCCACUCUGAAUCUCAGUAGUAUCCUUUAGAAGGGAAUUAUUUGAAGCCUCAACCGAGGGUUCUCCAUAAACGUGGUUAGCCUUCCAAGCUGCUGUCCUGCCAGUUGAUAUGAACAUGGCCUGUUCCUCACAGAAAGACUAACUCAUGGCACCUGCCAGAAGAUAUCCAUGGAGCAUUGACAGAUUAACCAGAUUAACUGAAAAAAAAAACACCCAUUCAGUCAAGAUUAUGGGCUUUGGAAAAUCUUAGUUUGCUGUGGAUUUUUAAAUGAGGUGCAUAAUAUACAGUGCCAACUUGUUCCAAGUGGUCAUUGGCAGACCAUUAGCUGGAAAAUUGCUUCCAGUUUUCAUCACUGUGCAUAACUCAAGCUCCCUUUGGGGGCUGUCUGUGCCCUUCACUAGAAGUCCUAUUUUAGCAUGGCAACUACUGGAUUAUUUUAUUAUGUGUGCAGAUGGCAUGAUAUGUUAGAAAAAAAUCACAGCAGUUCUUCAAUGUCAGUGGAAGUGUUCACGAUACUCUGCCCUGGUAGGAAUGUAAACACGUCUUGGUUAUGUUAGUUAUGACGUCUAAAGGUAUUCUGUCCAACUCUUAAGCACUUUAUAUGAGAAAACUACGCCAAAACGAAUCAGCACAUUCUGUACCUAUGGGAAAACAAGUAUCCUCUCUCUUUUUUUUUUUUUUUUUUUUUUUUAUAAAUCUUGUCCUCUUUCUGGCUCAGACUGUCCAAGACAAACUCCACCCCUAGCAUAUGGCAGUCAUUUGUGGUAGAUUGGCGUAUAUAUGGCCACAAUACUGUUAGGCUUAACCUGUUGACACUUUAGUGAACCAAUUGGAUUUCUUGUAGCUCUAGAGGGAAGGAGAAGGGGGCUGGUGGUUGAAACAUCUUAGUUCUUGGUUCCUGGUACCCAGGCACAACUUAGCACAUGCACAUACAGAUAAACACAGGGAGCUUGUAUGUGGCCAGUGUAUAUAUUCUGUCCUAUAGAAGAAUGUUUUCAAGAACAAAAGGAGACGGCCAUUUAAUCAAAGACCAUGGUGGGUUGAGGGUAAGGGUGGCAGAAUGCCGUUUUCCUGUGUGGUCUGACUUUACAACUUGAGAAGACUUUCUAGGUCAAGUUUAAAUCACAGCUCUCUGAAGAGGAAAAACAGCAAGUGUCCCCCUGUGUGCCUAAAGAAGGAAAAGGGCCCAGUCCACACUAGGUUCCUACCUCAGUAGAGAACCUACUAGUCCCUUUUUAAUCCUUUCUGGGAUUAUAUCCACAAUUAAUUCUUUUUUUUACGAUGUCUUACAACAAAGCACACUAUUGCUUGUCUUUGGGCAUUAGAGAAAUGUCCACAUUGACUGACCUUACGUAAUGCUUUUGCUUUCUUUCCCCUGAAAAUAUAAACUUGGCUGAAUCAAAAAUUCAGCAAAUAUGUUCUGUGUACCCACAAUCCCAAUCUGGGACUGAUAGGCACUGGAGGCUUUUCUUUAAAUAUAUAUAACAACUCUGGGACCCUGCCAGCACAAGGAAGUUUGGCAUCUUAGGGGGUCUCCAUACAUGGUCUGCUCUCCCCCGGGGGCCUCAGGAAAUGCACAGCACUUUGGAAAACGCUCCCCCUCCCCACUGAGAUUUGGAAAGCUACAGGGGAAGGGAAAGAGAGCCAAAUGUGAUUUGGGUGAGUCACCUCAUAGGAUGACUCACCCCAACCUGUCAGGCUGUAUUGCCAAAGAAGGGGGCUUCCAAGAGGGAACUCAGAGGGAUUUCAGUCACCAACAAGUUCUGGCCUCUCGAUGGGUUCAGCCCAGGACCACCAGGCCCUCACAGACCCUAAUUCUUCACAAAUCCAGAAUUACGAGGCCAAACCCUGUUGCCAAUGCCCCUGGGGAGAACAUUCCAAUCUCUACUGCCCACCUCUUGAAUUUCACUUCCAACAGCAGGGCUUCCUUCUUCUUUCCUUUAUCUAGCACACGUUUGUUGAGCACCUACUGUGUGCCAAACAUUGUGUUGGGGUAACAACAGGGUACAAGGCCGGCUCCCCAUGUCCUUCUGAGACAAUAUCUCCUCCUCCCAAACCCUGUCCCUGUCCCAGCUUUUCUACAAUGAAAACAGUAUUCAAGCAGCAUUCACCUCCUGCCAGAGGGACCUCAGAAAAUGCACAUGGCAGCAGGCAGUUCCCUUGCCUGAGGAAGUAGACAGUGGAAGAAGAGGUAGUGGACAGCAUCGGGACACAUAUUUGGAUCCUUGUGCACAGCCUGCCCUUCCAGGGCCCGGACUUUGCUGGUUAGGGCUUCCCCCAAACAGCUUUUAAUUCCUUUCCUUGAUAGUCACCCUGGUCAUCUGUAUUCCCAUCCUUUACAUAGGCACAACCGUUCAUCGUUAUGCUGGAUUCUCUAAAGCUCCAAUUCUAAACUUAGUCUUGGGGACACAGAAGAGGACCUGCUGAAUCCAAAAGAACUACCAGCUGCUGAAAUAGUGUAGCUGGGAAUUUGUUGGUUCACUAAUUGAGGGUCGUUCGGAGUCGACCCUUUAGUUGUUACAGGUAACAACCUUGGAAAAUUGGACAUACUUUAUGGUGCAGGUGGUCAUCCAGUGAUGCUGGUUCAUCCUUGCUUUGGCUUUUGCAAAAUGUGUUCUGAACAAUUAAAUAAGUAGAGUUUCCUAGCUUUUUUUUUUUUUUUCAGUCAGAAGUGUGCUGACAAAUUUUUAAAAGGUGAUGGCUAAGGGUGGAGAUGGGAAAAGGCAAAGCUGAAGUCAAUGAAAGAACCCAGUUGAAAAUGGCUUCUCUAUAAAUGCCUUAAUUCCUGGUGUAUCACAUAUUUGCGUAGUAACUGUGACUGUUUUCCAAACUGUCAGCCUCAUUUUGCAGUCUUUGGCAGGGAAAGUUUUGGAAACAUGGAGGCAUAAAAUCUGAGCAGUCACUUGCUAAACCAGCAAAAUGGAGAACCGACUUCAUUCACAGCCUUUAGGUUCUUUGUUCCGUGUUAAGCCACGAUUUCUGGUUGUUACUUCCUCCUGUGCUGUACCUUAUUCCCAAGAUGUAUGUUGGAGAUUUUACCUCCCAGAAGUUCAGGAAUGGCUGUGGGGAGUUUUGUUUAGUAGGCAGCGGGAGACCUGGAGGUAAGGGAUAAAUAUUUUGAUGUCUAAGGGCUAUAAACUGUUGAUGCUUAACUUUUCCUUUUACUUAAACCUGUGCGACGCCUUUUAUUGAAAGGCUGACACCCACACUUGAGCAAGAAAGACACUCUUGGGAAGGAACAGAAAUGAAUAAUUAUCAGACUCUCUGGGGGUGCCAAGGGGAUUAGCUUAUACCAGCUUGAGAACUGAAUUUGAGAUGCAGAGCAUCGGUGGUUCUGCUAGGGUGAAAAGCAAAUCACUUCUGUAGUUUAAGACAUACCUAGGGGACAGAGAUCCUGCAAACUUCCCUAUGGAUGAUGGCCACCUGCAGACCCCUGCACGGGCUCUGUGAGCUGUGUCGCUACACACUGGGCUUCUACCUCCAGAAUGGGGGAAGCAGCCCUGAGUUCUCUCCAAAGUCACUUCUCGGUUGCUCAGAGGUUAACGGUCCUUAGUUCUGAGGGAAUUCUGCCAUUUUUAACACUCAAGGGGAAAAGGAGUAUCAACCUUACUGAAAAUAUAACCUAAGGAUACAAACCUCCAAUGGAUUUACCCCAGUGUUACUUGCAAAUGCUUUCUUUGUCUGCAAAUGUCACCUGAUUGAUUUUGAAUGGGAACUACAAAAGUCUCUCUGAAGAAAAGUUUAGAAGACCCCCUUUACCCAAACCUCCUCUCCCCGGUGCAUUAGCAGCUUUAUUCUUGGUGAUGUUUUCCUCUACAAUCUUUAGAGUAAUUUUGUUGCUUGACAACUAGACUUAAGACUGCCAUAGACUCUUUUUAAAAAUCUAAUCUUUGAAAAUGACAUAAAUUCUUUUAUGCCUUAAAGGCUGUUUUUAUUCACCUCUCCCACAACCCCCUCCACCUCACUUUCUUGCUUUGUUUUUUUUUUUCUUUUAAUCUCUUCUUUUAACAAAAUUUCUUGGGUAGAUUUUGAGUAUU